GCUAACAAUCUGAUCCUUGGGAUGGCAGUAAGCCUUUUCUUUCUUUCCUUUAAUUUUUCCUUCAACUGAGCAAACUCUUCUCCAGAAAGUUUUGGUUUUUUGGUUAACGGUUCGUCUGACAUUUUGCCGUCAAUUUCGCAUUUGAAGCCGCUUUUUUACGAGAAUGUAAUUUUGCUAAUUUUGAUGCAAUCAAGGGGCUGAGACCCGUACCCGACUAGCGUUAAUUGGAAAAUAAAGGUACUUUUGUUAAACACGUGGGUCCGUGAUAAAAACACAAAUAAGUCGCGUGCGACUGUGCUAUGGCUUUAGUGAAGUGAUUUUUUGGCGUCUGCUCGGAGAGUUGCACGUUUUGCAGAUGGCGUUGUAAACAUAACCUGAAAAAGGUUGGGUUUGGGUGUCGUAAAUUUUUGGACUUCAGAGAAUACAGACUGUUUUUUCGAUAUAUCCGUAAGGAUUCACCAUGAACAUCUCGGCGUUGUGUAUUGCAUCGAGAGGAAUUUGCACAUCUGCUGUUGCCAAUCAAAUAAUUAGAUUGUCUAGACUCAGGGUAGUAGACAACAGUGAAAUUGGAAAACAAGCUAUGCUUGAAGGGAAGCCUCCGUACUGUUUCCACAUUUAUAACAAAAAGGGCGUUGGAUACAUUGGUGACAAGGUGAUGGUGGCUAUCAAAGGUGAAAAGAAGAAGGGUAUUCUUGUUGGUUUAAAACAAAAUCAAAAUCGUAAAGUGCCCAAGUUUGAUUCCAAUAAUCUUGUCUUGAUAGACGACAAUGGCACUCCACUUGGUACACGAAUUCAUGUACCCAUUCCACAUAUUCUAAGGACUAUUCUGAAGGAGAAGACGCAUUCAAAAGGUGCUGAUUAUACCAAAUUGAUUGCAAUUGCUACAAGAUUUCUUUGAAUUUAAUACUACAUUUAGUAAUAAUUUGUAAUUAAAAAAAAAUUUAAUAAAUUCAUAUCUCUCGUUAA